CAUUUUGUAAGAUCCCUAAUUCAAGGUACUGUUUGGACCUUUCGGAGUGCAGCGGCAGGGCUUCCAAGGGAAUCAUUAACUUCACUGGACUAUCUUGUUUGUGGCUGUAUUGACUCUUUGGGAGUCAGUAACAUUUUGCGAUUGGGACACACUGUUUCCCGGACCCUGCUGGCCAGCCCCAAAAUGGAACACACAAAAAUGGUCCUUCUAUUUCUUUUAUUUCUGCCAUCAGGUGAAGGAGACUCCCUGGAUAACUAUGUAAGUACUGAAGGGGCCUGGCUCUUCAGCGUCAUGCAUAAGCAGCUGGAAACUGGAAGCACAGGCGAAUGUGCCACAAAAUGCGAGGAGGAAACCGAGUUCAUUUGCAGAUCAUUCCAAUAUCACAGUAAAGAGCAACAAUGUGUGAUAAUGGCUGAGAACAGCAAGUCUUCCACCAUCACGAGGAGGAGAAAUGUUGUUUUAUUUGAAAAGAAAAUAUAUCUUUCAGAAUGCAAGACUGGAAAUGGAAAGUACUAUAGGGGCAUGAUGGCCAGAACUCGAAAUGGGGUUGUCUGCCAGAAGUGGAAGGAUUUGUCUCCUCAUGUACCCAGGUACUCACCUCAUAGAUUCCCUUCCGAGGGACUGGAGGAGAACUAUUGCCGGAACCCGGACAACGACGAGAAGGGCCCAUGGUGCUACACCACCAACCCAGAGGUCAGAUACGACUACUGCGACAUUCCUCAGUGUGAAGAUGAAUGCAUGUACUGUAGUGGAGAAAACUAUCAGGGUAAAAUUUCCAAGACCAUGUCUGGACGUGACUGCCAGGCCUGGGGCUCUCAGAGCCCGCAUGCUCACGGAUACCUUCCUUCCAAGUUUCCCAACAAGAACCUGAACAGGAACUACUGCCGUAACCCUGACGGGGAGCCCCGCCCGUGGUGCUUCACCAUGGACCCCAACAGGCGCUGGGAGUUCUGCGACAUCCCCCGCUGCACAAUGCUUCCACCACCAUCUGGUCCAACACAUCAGUGUCUGAUGGGAAAAGGUGAAACCUAUCGAGGGAAUGUGGCCAUUACGGCAUCCGGGCACACCUGUCAGCGCUGGAGUGAGCAGACCCCUCACAAGCACAACAGGACCCCGGAGAACUUUCCCUGCAAAAAUCUGGAUGAAAACUACUGUCGUAACCCUGAUGGAGAAACUGCCCCUUGGUGCUACACAACCGACAGGGAUGUGAGGUGGGAACACUGCAAGAUACCAUCCUGCGAUUCAUCUGCAUCGUUGACUUCUUCUAUUUCCAUUUCAGUGCCACCCGAGCAAACCCCUGUAGUCCAGGAGUGCUACCACGGCAAUGGACAGAGUUAUCGAGGUACCUCCUCCAUCACUAUCACAGGGAAGAAGUGUCAGCCUUGGUUAUCUAUGACACCACACCUGCAUCAGAAGACCCCGGAAAAGUACCCAGAUGCUGACUUGACAAUGAACUACUGCAGGAAUCCAGAUGCUGAUGAAAGACCCUGGUGUUUUACCACUGACCCGAGUGUCCGAUGGGAGUACUGUAAUCUGAAGAGAUGUUCAGAGACAGCAGGGAGCCACUCAAAUGCCCCUGCUCUGCCCCAAGCUCCAAGUGUUGAGGCUCCUUCUGAAACAGAUUGCAUGUUCGGGAAUGGCAAAGGAUAUAGGGGCAAGAUAGCAACUACUGCUACCGGCACUCCGUGCCAGGCGUGGGCUGCCCGGGAGCCCCACAGGCACAACAAUUUCACUCCGAAGACGCAUCCUCAGGCAGGUCUGGAGAAGAACUACUGCCGCAACCCGGAUGGAGAUGCCAACGGUCCUUGGUGCUACACAAUGAAUCCAGAAAAGCUUUUCGACUACUGUGAUGUCCCUCUGUGUGUGUCCUCCUCAUUUGACUGUGGAAAGCCCAAGGUGGAACCGAAGAAGUGUUCUGGAAGGAUUGUAGGGGGGUGUGUGGCCAAUGAGCAUUCCUGGCCCUGGCAAGUCAGUCUCAGAACAAGAUUUGGAAGGCACUUUUGUGGGGGCACUUUAAUAUCCCCAGAGUGGGUGCUGACCGCGGCUCACUGCUUGGAGAGGUCCUCUAGCCCAUCAUCUUACAAGGUUGUCCUGGGUGCACACCGAGAAAGACCUCUUGAAGUGGAUGUUCAAAUAAUAGAAGUUUCUAAGCUGUUCUUAGAGCCCACACGAGCAGAUAUCGCCUUGCUGAAGCUAAACAGCCCUGCCAUCAUCACUGACAAAGUCAUCCCAGCUUGUCUGCCACCUGCAAAUUACGUGGUUGCUGACCGGACAGAAUGCUACAUCACUGGCUGGGGUGACACUCAAGGCACCUUUGGUGUUGGUCUUCUCAAGGAAGCCCAGCUCCCUGUGAUUGAGAAUAAAGUGUGCAAUCGCUACGAGUAUCUGAACGAAAGAGUUAGGCCAACCGAGCUCUGUGCUGGUCUCUUGAGUGGAGGUACAGACAGCUGCCAGGGUGACAGUGGAGGACCUCUGGUUUGCUUCGAGAAGGACAAAUACGUUUUACAAGGAGUCACUUCUUGGGGUCUUGGCUGUGCACGGCCCAAUAAGCCUGGUGUUUAUGCCCGCGUUUCAAGUUUUGUUACUUGGAUUGAAGAAGUAAUGAGGGAUAAUUAA